AUGGCCGAUAAACGUAACGUUACUGAUCUCAUCAUGAACGUUGGUGCUGGUGGCGGCGGAGGUUGUGCACCUCUUGCAGCCCCUGCCUCUGCUGGUUCUGCGGCUGCUGCACCUGCCGCCGACGAGAAGAAGAAGGAAGAAGUGGCGGAAGAGAGUGAUGGAGAUUUGGGUUUCGGCUUGUUUGACUAA